UUUUGUGGGGGCAAUCUUGGUAUCGAGUUUUGGGUGAUAUCUCUUCCGCUUCCGUUUUCCGUGCCUACCUUCGUCUUUUUUGGCUCUCCCGUUCACGUCUUCUUUCAUCUUUUUAUUUAUUUUCUUCCGUUUUCUUCUGCCUCCCGUCUUCCGCUUUUAAAAUGAGGCAAGGCUUGGUCUCUAACAAUUUUUAAAUUUUAUUUUUAAAUAAUUUUUUUAAUUUUAGGUAUUUAUUUAAAUACCUUUUAUUUCUUAGAAACGAGAAAAAAUCUUCAAUUUUUCGAAUGACUAUUAGAAUAUUAUUAAAUUCUUCUUUACAAAUAUUUAAUAAAAAAUCUUUAAUUUUUCUCUUUAUUUUUUCCCAUAUAUUUUUGCUUUUUUGUUUUACUACUUUAGUUGAUUCUCAAGAAGCAACGGAAGGUGGAUGCCCUUCAGGUUUUUAUAACAAAACUGGAAAGGACCAAUGCGAGGAGGAGUGCGAUAAGGAGUUUUAUUAUAUUUCUUUAUUCACUUAUGGAGCUUGUGUGAACGCACCUACUCGCUCAAUUGGAAAAAAUGCACCACAAUGUAAUUUAACAUGUGGUAUUCGUUUGCAAUUGUGGGCAACUAUUGCUAUUUUUGUGGUUAAUUUUUUAUUUUAAUUACAUAUUAUAAGAAAUCUUCGGGUAUCCGGAUCAGGGCUGUCUGCAGAUGAAAAAAAAUUUGCGCAAGUCCAAAAAAUUUCGCAAUUGCGUACAGACCUGAUUCGAAUACGCAAUCGAUAUCCAAACCGAAUAUUUCAGAGAUCCAGACUUUCGGAUUCAGACUUUCGGAUCCGCCAACCUUACUAGAUAAACCUCUAUUUAAAAUUUAAUAUGUCCCUCUAAUUCAGGGUGUGGGCUCUAAUUUUUGGAAAUACGGUAUUUAAAGAUAAGCAUGGAUACUACUUGGAUGGAGGAUUAUUGUUGAUAACCGGAUUAGGGCUGUUCGUAAAUAGAAUCUCCCCGAUUCAGUCCCUUCCCCCUCCCCCCUCCUCCCCUCAAUACACCUACUUUAUUAUCAUAUACCUUCUCGAUAGGAUCCAGGCAGUUUAUAUUUAUAACUGGUAUUUGUUUGAUAUCAGC